AUGGAGUGGCGGAGCAGCAACGACGGGCAGUCCGACAGUGAGUCCCCCGAAACGGACGCAUGCUGCCCCCACCAGCAGGUAGGUACUCAGCUCUGCGGUUGUGCCGAGGCAUCCUCGCACCAGAACCGGCAGCCGGGUUGCUCGAUGACCUCCGCGGUGUCCGGCUGGAUGCUGGCCGAAGCCCAGGACCGCCUUUGCGCUUUAAGGUUCCACUGUUCCGAAUCCCUGGAGCAGGAACACGCCCGGACUCGUACGAGUCCCAAUGAGCUGACGCAUAGCGAAGAGGAGUGGCGCCGCAAGGAGAGCAUGCUGGGAGGUCAGGAACCCAGUCGAGGGCCCGUGCUGGGUGCGGAAGGAAGUUGGGAUGUUUUUGAUAAAAGUAUCAUCAAUGUCCAAAAUGAAAGAGGAGAAGCAGAACAAGGCAAAGCAACUCUGCACAACUCAGAGCAAGACCUCAGACAUUUUGGAAUGUUGCGGCGAUGGGACGACAGUCAGCGAUUCCUUGCAGAAAAGCCUGAGUUUAUCUGCGAAGAGACGGCCAACUUUCUCUUUUUCUGGUGCCUCACACUGCAGCAAGAAGGGAAGGAAGCACUAAUGGAGCAGGUUGCUCACCAAGCUGUAGUCUUGCAGUUCAUACUGGAGAUGGCGUCAAACUCUCGACAGGACCCCAGAGGCUGCUUCAGGCAAUUCUUCCUAAAAGCCAAAGAAGGACAAGACGUCUACUUGGAAGUCUUCCACACUGAGCUCGAGGCCUUCAAAUGCCGAGUGAGAGAACACGCCCCCAAUAACACGACCCGUCCGCCCAACAACGGCACAAACUACAGACCCGGCUCCAAAGAAGAGCACUAAAGCGUUCUACUUUUUAAUCAGGUGACAGAGUACACCUCCAAGCGCUGUUUAGAAGAUGGACUGUUGAUAAGCACGGGGCGGUGGACAAAGGACGAGGCUACGGAAAGUGAUGAUACACGCAUGAUGGAAACCUCUUAG